AGGCUCCUGCUCUCCCAGAUGGGGACAUUGCUGUUCAUAUCCUGUUGCAUACUAAACUUCAAGAUCUCGGGGCCUUGGCUUGCUUUUUGUCAUGGUCCAUCUCAUCGCGUCACCACGACAUCAAGCCCAAACGGCAACGGAGGCUUCGGCACCGGUGACUUCAGCAUUCCAGGCGGUAACGGUAACUUCAUUCCACACAACAGCGGCGACCUCAACGCACCUCAGCAGGCGCUAUACAACGCACCUCAGCAGGCGCCCUAUAACGCCCAGCAGGCGUCCUAUAACGCCCAGCAGGCGUCCUAUAACGCCCAGCAGGUGUCCGACCUCCACGGCCAGCGGCCCUCGUACGAGACCCUGAGCACACAGAGCGACUUCAACGCACGCUUCCAACAUCACUUCCACCACCAGCGGCCCCACUAGCGGCGUCCUCCAAUAGGACAGAGUACACAGACGGGGAAAUAAAAUAUACCAUAUCACAUCAUGUGCAUAUCACCGGGACUCUACCAUGAAUAAAAUGUUAUGAAGUGUAA